AGCACCCUUAAAGCUUAACCUAAUGAUUUAUAGUCGUCGUGGUUACUCAAUGCUUGGUAUCAGCAUAGGUAACAUCUUGUUCUCAAAUUGAGCACUUUUCUUAUUACAAGUGGAGUUCACAACCAAAGGAAUGGCCUUGCACUUCACAGGAGAGACUCUAUCCCAUUUUUCAGCAAUUGAUCUCUCCAAAAACAAAUUAGUUGGCCACAUACCACCUGAAAUUGGCCACCUUAGCACAAUCAAAGCACUAAACCUUUCCCACAACAAUUUGAUUGGAGGAAUCCCAACAACAUUUUCCAAGUUACAGAAUAUAGAGAGCUUGGAUCUUUCUCACAACAACUUGGAUGGGAAUAUCCCUUCUCAGCUUACUGAUCUACACUCACUGGGGAUGUUCAAUGUGUCUUACAACAACUUCAGUGGAAGGAUACCUCAAGCAACGAACCAAUUUGGAACUUUCAACUCAAGUAGCUAUAUUGAGAAUCCAUUUCUUUGUGGAGAACCAUUACCAAAUAAUUGCAUAGAUUCAUCUCUAUCAGUUCCAUCAGCUCCAUCAGUCAAUAAUAAUGCAAGAAUGGUAUCCGACUUUAUCGAUGCAGACACUUAUUAUAUGAGCUUUGCAGGGUCUUACAUAGUUAUUUUACUAGCAACUGUGGGAAUUUUGUAUAUAAAUCCACAUUGGAGACAGAAUAGAGAAAAGCACUUGAAAACACAAAAAUCUUCACCAAGCAGAGGGCAAGAGAGUACCUGCAUUUGAUCACCAAGGUUGACGAAAAGGGCAUAAGGAAUUAUGGAGACAGUGAGCCAUUUAUCAUCUUUC